UGACAACCUGCCAACUUGGGCGACGCUGGUAAUUAUUUCUGCGAAGAAACCGCGUGGUCUCCGAGAGCAGAUUCAGCUUGUAAAUUGCUCGCUUAGUGUCAUUCACUGGCGUACUCCUGUGAAAAAAUAUCGCUGUUUUUCGUAGACGAAACUCAAGGGAAACCAUGAAGUCGUUUGCAGUGCGUGUUUGCCUCGCGUUCUUUGUGAUUUCCUUUUGUGCUCCUGCCGUGUCGUCCAGCACGACAAGGACUUAUUUCAUCGCAGCAGUGGAAAGAAAGUGGGAUUAUGCUCCAAGCGGCUACAACAAAGUGAAAGGCGUGAAACUCGAGGACGACAGCGAUGCUGUAGUAUUCACCACAAGAGGCAAUCACACGAUAGGGCGCGAAUAUAACAAGGUGGUCUAUCGUGAGUACACAGACAGCACCUUCAACACGGAGAAGAACCACCCAGAAUACCUUGGCUUCUUAGGACCCAUACUUGAGGGUGAAGUGGGAGACGAGAUUGUGGUCCACUUCAAGAACAUGGCCAAUGGAACCUUUUCAGUGCACCCGCACGGGGUCUUCUACAGAAAAGAUUCGGAAGGUGCCCUGUACGCGGAUGAGACGAGUGAGGCCAGCAAGAAAGAUGAUCACGUGCGGCUUGGCGAAAGGCACGAGUACACCUGGAAGCUUACUGAAAGCCACGCGCCAACUUCGGACGAUGAUGACUGUCUCACGUGGAUUUAUCAUUCGCAUGUGUUGCCGCAUAGGGAUAUCAACACUGGGUUGCUAGGUAUUCUACUGACUUGCAAAAAGGGAGCUCUAGAAUCUGUCAAGAGGGUGGACAAAGAAUUCUUAGGUUUGUUCACGGUGCUAGAUGAAAACGAAAGCUGGCUCCUUGACAAAAACAUCCAGGAAUAUUGUAACGACCCUUCGGGAGUCGACAAAGAUGAUGAAGAUUUUAAGGAAAGCAACAAGAUGCAUGCUAUUAAUGGUUAUUUCUACGGAAACUUGCCCGGAUUGGAUAUGUGCCUGGGAGAUUCCGUCAGAUGGCAUUUGGCCGGGAUUGGGAAUGAAGUGGAUCUUCACACGGCUUAUUUCCAUGGACAGUCUUUCAAGGUGGACGGCCAUCGCAAAGACGUGGCUUCCCUCCUGCCCGCCACUUUCGUGACCGCGUCUAUGACGGCCUUGAAUCCCGGUACGUGGAUGCUUAAUUGCCUUGUCAACGAUCAUUACAACGCCGGUAUGUACGCCUUGUUCAACGUCACCAAGUGUGACGGUAAAACCGGUCACGUGCCAACCGUGAGUGGCGGGAAAACGCGGACGUAUUACAUUGCGGCAAACGAGGUACAGUGGAAUUAUGGGCCAUCUGGAAUGAACAACAUGGAUGGGCAGAGUUUGACAAAAUCAGACAGCGACUCGGCAGUUUUCUUUGCUCAAGGUGAUCACAGGAUUGGAGGAACGUACCUGAAAGCAUCUUACGAGGAGUACACUGACGGCACCUUUACAACAAAAAAGGGAAAACCGGAGUAUCUUGGAUUCCUCGGCCCGGUUAUUCGAGCCGAAGUUGGCGAUGUGAUCGAAGUAGUCUUCAAGAACAAUGCUUCCUACAACUACAGUAUACAACCACACGGAGUGUUCUUCAAUAAGUCAAACGAGGGAGCCUGGUACCAGGAUGGUACAUCCGGGGCCCAAAAAGCCGACGAUAUUGUGCGACCAGGCCAGAUGUACACCUAUCGCUGGACAGUGCCCAAGGAAGUGGGUCCCACCAAAAAUGACGCACAGUGCAUCACGUGGGUGUACUAUUCCAGUCUUGAUCCAGUGAAGGACACGUAUUCGGGUCUGUUUGGUCCAUUGCUAACGUGUAAGAAGGGAACAUUGAAAGAUGACAACACGCAGAAGAACAUUGACAAAGAAUUUGUGCUGCUCUUCACCGUGACAGAUGAGAGCGAGUCUUGGUAUCAUGAUGAAAACAAGAAAAAAGCGAAUAACCCAAAUCAGAUAGUUGAGGACGAGGACUAUCUGGAAAGCAACAAAAUGCACGGUAUUAAUGGAUAUCUGUACGCUAACCUGCCUGGUUUGGAGUUGUGCUUGGGUGACAGAGUUUCUUGGCAUUUGAUUGGCUUAGGAAACGAAGUGGACAUGCACACGGCUUACUUCUAUGGAAACACGUUUACAUACAAUGGCAAUAUGAAAGAUACUGUUAGCCUUCUACCAGGAGUCUUCGCAACGUUGGGAAUGACUCCAGAUAACUUGGGAGAAUGGGCAAUAGUCUGCAGAACCAAUGAUCAUUACUCUGCUGGGAUGCUCGCGAAAUACACCGUGAAGGCUUGUGGGAAGACGCCGACCACGAUGCCACCUGGGAAGGUUCGUCGGUACUAUAUAGCGGCGGUUGAGCUGGAAUGGGACUACGCACCAAGUGGAAGAGACCUCAUAGAUGAUGUAACGCUUAGCGAGAGCGAAGAAGCUUCAACGUUCACCGUGCGUGGCGAAAAGCGAAUUGGUCCAAAGUACAAGAAGGUGGUUUACCGUGAAUACACUAGUGCUGAGUUUACGAAGAGAAAAACUAGGACCGCGGCUGAACGUCACCUGGGGGUACUGGGUCCGAUACUGCACGCUGAAAUCGGAGACACGAUCGAGGUGACGUUUAAAAACAAUGCUUCCAGGAAGUUUUCUAUGCAUCCACACGGGCUGUUUUACAGCAAACAAAACGAGGGCUCCGAUUACAACGACGAUACAACGGGUAAAGAUAAAAUUGAUAACGCAAUUGAGCCCGGAAAGAUUUAUAAGUACACCUGGAAGGUCCCUGAACGCGCGGGUCCCGGGGCGAAUGGUCCAAAGUGUGCUACGUGGGCCUAUUAUUCUGACGUCAACCCAAUAAAAGACACCAACAGUGGACUGGUAGGACCGCUGGUCAUCUGCAAGAAGGAUACGCUGACGGAGGCAAAUACAAGAAAAGAUGUCCAUCGAGAAUUUGCGCUGAUGUUCACCGUCCUUGAUGAAAAUGAAAGCUGGUACUUGGACGAGAACAUCGACAAAUAUUGCACGAAUCCUGGAAAUAAGGACAACCUCAAGGCAGACGAGGACUUUCAGGAGAGCAACAAGAUGCAUGGAAUCAACGGCUUUGUGUUUGGCAAUUUGAAAGGUUUGGAAAUGUAUCAGGCAGAGCAAGUGGACUUUUAUCUCGUUGGUAUGGGAAAUGAGGUUGAUAUGCACACCGUUCACUUUCACGGACAAACAUUUAUUCAUAAAUCUGUUGCAAUUGGCUACCAUCGUGAGGACGUGUACGAUCUCUUUCCCGGAGUCUUUGCAACCGUGGAGAUGAUUCCAGACAGUGUGGGAGUCUGGUUGCUUCACUGUCACGUGAACGAUCACAUGACUGGUGGUAUGGAGGCACUUUACACCGUUCAUGACGCAUCGCUGAAACCAACCACUGGUUCCAUUGAUCCAGAAAGCACCGCGGUCUCACAUAUGGCGAGCAGCUUCUACGUUAGUUUGUUGUUAGUUGCUGCUGUAAUUUUGUACUGAAAGCUUGGUUAAGGACCGGAGCAGAAACCAGAUGAACGACUGAAAAGGACCCAAGAAAAUGUAAACUUACAACUUGCAUUUUCAAUAAUCGGCUUACUAACUUACCAGUGAAAAGACCACGUGACUAACGAAUGAACGGACGGACGACAGACGGACGGAAGGACGGACAGUCGGUCGACCGACUAACUUACUAGUGAACAGACCACGUGACUGACGCAUUGACUGACGGAAAGACGGACGGACCGACGGCCUAGCAAAAGUAGAUUAACUCUCACAAUCAAAUACAAAACAGCAACGACAACAACAAUAACAAAAACAACAACGACAAAAGGUUCAUGAAUGGGCUCUGCAUGACUAACUGACCAAAGAAGCAAACGAGCAAACAAACAAACGGAUAAACGGACAAACAAGCGAGUAAUCGUCUGUUAACUUUUACGUUAGCUUUGUAGCAAAAUUUGUUAGGAACGUUUUACUUUUAGCGACGUGGGGUACGGUAAAAUCUAAUGCUGUAGAUAGACUAAGCAGUAUUUGUUUAAGAAGCAUGCUUGUCUUUGCAACAGACAAAAAACAAGGAUCGACUGCGAAAUGUAGAUUAAAAUUUUAAAAGUUAGAGCGGAAUUUAGCACAUCUGAGUAGACCAUCAUGGCUAACACAUGGAUUCGGAUGUGCUGUAAUCCACCAUACCAUUGGCACAUGAAUUUAGCCAUAACUCAGUCAUGGAGCGUUUAACCCCUAAAUUGCUCAUACAAGUGCACAGAAAACACGAUGUGGUUAGUACGGGGACAAAUUUCAUCAAAGUAUGGCUUUCGAUGUGCCUGUUGGGUGUAUUACGUCCGCAAGUUAUUAUCGUGAAAUGCACAGCCGCCAUCAUUUUUUUCCAGCUUUUGUAAACUUAGAGAUAUUUGUAAGACAACGCGAUUCACGUUAAAGAAAUUAAAAAUCACAUUUCUUUGUCACAUUA